AUGUCGAUGUCGUUGCCGUCGAGUAUGAUCAGCCAACACGGUAAGGAACUUAAAAUUAUUGAUGGAUAUAAAAUGAGAUUUCAUAAAAUGUUGAAUGGCGAUGUAAAACGAUGGUGCUGUGUAAACAAAACUUGUACGGCUUACAUGAAAACAGAUAUGAGUGAGAAGACAAUUAUUGAUAGUAAUUUAAAUCAUAAUCAUAAUUUAGAAUCUGAAGGAAAAACGAUGAGACAAGUAAUAAGGAACUCUGUAAAACGAAAAGCUCAAGUAGAUCUUUGUGAACGUCCAAUGAAAUUAAUUCAUUUGGAACUAAAAAAUGAAAACACGGACUUUUUAACGACGACUGUCAUAUCUUGUAUUCGAAAAGGGAUUUAUGCUGCUCGCCGUUCAAUACUACCCAAAAACCCAACUAAUAUUCAAGAGUUCAUUAACUUCAUUAGAAAUUAA